GAAUUGGAAGUACAAAAAAGCCAUCCAUCGAAAAAGUUGAAAAGAAAGUGCCACUUUUACAAAGACAGAGAUCCCACCAGAACCCCCUUUCGCUCUCUGAAUCUGCUGCAAAACCCUUGUGUUCACUCUGAUCUUCUCUAAUUUUGCAUCACAAUCCCUCAAAUUCGACCUAAGAAUGACCAUCAUCAAAGAACCGGCGACACCUCCGCCGACGAUCGGAAAGAUGGGCCCUUACACCGUCUUCGUUACUCCUUCUUCAGAUCCAUCUUCUAUGUCGGUUUCCGAAUCACCGAAGAAAUAUACCGUGUCUCCUACGCUGAUCCAACGGCCGCCAUUGAAAUCUGCUCCUCUGGUUCAACCUCCGCCGGUUCAGUACCACAACUCCACUUCAUCGAAACUCGGAUUCUUCUGGGAUGCCGUUGCCAAAGUUCAAAAUGUGCAUUCGAGUUUGGAUGAAUAUGUAGCACAUUGGUUUGGGUUGAAUCAAUCAAAAUAUCAGUGGGCUCUCGAUGAUUACUAUGAAAGCAACGGAGUGGAGAAAGUUAAUACACAAGUGAAGAGUACAUCCGCCAAAGCUCAAACCGUGUAACAUAUGCUUAUUCGGCAGGAUGGAGUUGGGUUGAGCAAGAGCGCCUUCAUGAUCUCUUUUGCCAUAACAUGAUUCGGACCAAUCUACAUGAUUUAUGGGACGCUGAUCGUAAACCUUUUGGUGCAGGGCCAGAUAGCGGUUUUUGUAAGGACUAUGAAUCGUGUAAUUAAUCUGUAAUGAUCAUUUUAUUCGCUUGCCAACUGCCAAAAGAUUGGCAUGAAGUGUAGUCAAUUUGUCUGUUGUUGCAUAUGUAUUUCCAUUUCCAGUCAAAAGUCUCUAGUUUGUGAACGGAUUUUGGGGCUAGGACUGUUAUGACUCGGCUGCUUAUUCAUGAAGACAUGGAAUAACUUGCUCA